AUGGCAUCCACAAGGCACCGCCGCCUUGUUCCGUGCUUUUUGGGAAUACUUCUAAAUGCUUUAAUUGGUGUGAUGUGCGAAGCAGAACUGUCCUUCACACUGGAGCCCAGUGACAUCAUCGCUGUACAGGAGCAGCCCCUCAUGCUGCACUGCCAGGUAGAUGGCAUCCCCCCGAUAACGAUACAGUGGAGGCACAACGGACUGCUUUUAACUCAGGAUCAACAUCACACCACCUUCAUCAAUGGCUCACUACUGAUCGCUCACUUCCAGAAGACCAAAUCUGAUGCCUCAUCUGACGAGGGUGACUACGAGUGUGUGGCAGAGAACUCUUUUGGGCUGGUGGUGAGCCGCAAAGCCCGCAUUCAGGCAGCCACCAUGGCAGACUUCCAUGUCCAACCGGAGUCAGUGCAUGCUGAGGAGGCCGGCGUGGCGAGAUUCCAGUGCCAGAUCCAUGGUCUGCCAGAACCGGUCAUCAGCUGGGAGAUAGACAGACGUCCGGUGGACACCAAGGACGAGAGGUACACCCUCUUGCCGACAGGUGUCCUGCAGAUCACAGGAGUCCGUGAAGAGGACAGUGGAAAGUUCUGCUGUGUGGCUCAUAACAGUGCAGGAGUAAAACACAGCACCGAGGCCCUCCUCACUGUAUCAGGCUCUCAGUCAUCUGUUUACAAAGAGCCUAUGAUAGUGGUCGGUCCGGAAAACCUCACCCUAACUGUUCACCAAACCGCCAUCUUGGAAUGUGUUGCCACCGGAUACCCCCGACCCAUCGUGUCAUGGAGCAGACUAGACGGCCGUCCCAUUGGUGUGGAGGGCAUCCAGGUACUCGGCACAGGGAACCUGAUGAUCUCAGAUGUAGGUGUGCAGCACUCAGGGGUUUACGUAUGUGCUGCUAACAAACCGGGGACCCGCGUUCGUAGGACUGCUCAGGGACGUCUGGUGGUCCAAGCUCCAGCAAAGUUCGUUCAAGCUCCCCAGUCCCUCGCCCGGCCUGUCGGCACCACUGCCAUCUUCACCUGCCAGGCACAGGGUGAUCCUGAGCCCCAGCUUACCUGGCUGAAGAACGGGCAGAUCCUGGAGCCCGGGGGACAUGUCAAACUCAGGAACAACAACAGCACACUGACAAUUUAUGGUAUCAGCCAGGACGACGAGGCUAUCUACCAGUGUAUCGCUGAGAACAGCGCCGGCUCCACACAGGCCAGUGCUCGCCUUACGGUGCUCUGGGCAGACGGACUGCCUGGUGUGCCCUCCCAGGUGCAGGCCGAGGCCCUCUCCCCCACAAAUAUCCAGGUGUCCUGGAGAGAGCCCAAACAAAACACGCAGGACAUCAUCGGUUAUGUGCUGCACAUCCGCAAGACUUCAGACCCCUCAGAGAUGGAGUAUGAGGAGGCCGUCAGUAAAGCGACACUGCAGCAGAUCAUCCGUGACCUGGAGCCCUCCACCAGUUACUCUUUCUACGUCAAGGCCUACACAUCCCAUGGGGCCAGCAAACCAUCGGACAGUGUCAGGGAGACCACUCACGGGGAGGUGCCAGCGCCCCCUACUCUCUUCACCAAGGUGGUGAACAGCAGUGUUGUACAAGCGUCGUGGGAACCUUCCUCCAAGAUGGGCCAACACCAGGGCUACAGACUGUACUACAGAAGAGCCCACACUACGCUGUUCACUGGCCCCAUCCUCUUCCCCCGCAACGUCACACAGUACAACAUCACUCAGCUGGAUCCUUCUCUGGUGUAUGAGAUAAAGCUGUUUGCAUACAAUCAACACGGAGAUGGCAACGCCACCAUCCGAUUUGUUUCUCUUAGAGAGGCGUUGGAGAAAUCCGUGUUGGAUGCCCCAUGCGACUGUGUGAAAGAUGAACAGAGCAAAACAUCCACCACAGGCAUCAUAAUCGGCAUACACAUCGGAGUCACAUGCAUCAUCUUCUGUGUGCUUUUCCUCGUCUUCAGCUACCGCGGCAGGUUAAUGAUGUGUAAGACGGUUCAGGCCACCCCCCAGGCAGGGCACAGCGCUGUGCUGGAGUCCUCCUCCUCCCAGGGGGCCUCUGGACUCAACGGGGCCGCCAGGAGAGAGAUGGAGGUCAAUGGCAGCGCAGCUGGGAAGAAAGUGGAGCUCGAGAGACUUUUUACUCAACCCACCACACAAGAUACAUGCACGUCUGACUCCUACGUACUGAAUGACACCCAGUUGUCUACAAUACCGCUGGACGAGUUUGGACUGGAGCGAGAGACGCAGUUCCAGGAGCGUCCUGCAGCCGGAGCGGGUCGGCAGGACCAAGGAUGA